AUGGUCGGGGUUCUGAGCGAUCGCUCGAGCGUGUUCGACUUUAAGAUGUUUAAGCUCUUCACGUUCGUGUUGAACGUGACGCUGAGCACGUUUGAGAUCCCAAGGCAGUUGAUUUUGAUUCCUCUCAUCGUGGGCAGUCGAUUGGCAAUGGUGCCGGAGUGGCUGCUGAGCGCGUUCGAGUAUGAUUCGUGGGAGAUGCCGAGAGCGAAAAAGAAACGCCCCAAGUUAAGCACCGAUUUUAAGUUCCCGACGCUUCGUUGGAAUGCUUUGAAGACGUGGGAGAACGCGAUGCAAGCGGGGAGAGAGAGUUUACGCCGCGUCGAGUCGCAAGUGCGCACCGAGCCGGGUGAGACGCCGGAGAUGAGAGCGGUGAUUGAUAAACUUAUCGAGGAAGGUUUGGCGUACGACAAGGCGUGCGAUAGCCAGAAGUCGCAGGCUGCGUUUGAGCGCGCGCUCGAGCUAAGACCGAAAGAUCCGGUCGUGAUGAUUUCUUUGAGUAAGGAACUCAGCGACCGCGUCUUUGAUCACGAAAUUUUCCACAACAAGCCGCAGGCGAGACAGCUUGCGUCGAGAGCCGCUGAUUUAGCAUCGGAGGCGAUCGAACUCGCACCUGAGAACGCACAGUGCUACAUCGCGCUGGCCGUGGCGAACGCGCGGUUGAGCAUGUUCAGCGACGCGCGGCAAAAGGUGGAACUCACGCACUCGAUUAAAGGAAAUUUAAUGAAGGCGUUGGAAAUCGAGCCCGAGAGCGAUUACGCCUAUCACGUGCUGGCCAGAUUCGAGCACACCAUGGCGCACAUCGGUGGAUUGAUGCGGUAUUUAAUCAAGACAAUAUACGGCGCCAUCGAACCGGCGACGAUCGAGCGGGCUGAGGAGUACUUCAGGCGAGCGAUUGAAAUCAAUCCAAAGCGCCUGAUUCACGGCGUUGAGCUCGCCAAGCUUCUGUACGAAACGAAGCGAUAUGACGAGUGCAAAGAAUUGUUGGUGCCAUCGAUCGAGCUAGAAAUCGAAGACAUCAACAGCGUGCGGACGAAGAAGGACGGCGAAGCGUUACUUAAGAAGUUGACCAACAAACUCAACAGGACGCCGAGUCGUCUCUCGAUGUCUCGCACACCGUCCAAGCAUCGUCUUCCGCGUACCUCGUCCUCGUCGCACACUCCGAUGUCGCCGUUGACACCGAUCUCACGCAAUAACUCCAAGGGCAGCGGGCUCUUUGAUUAG